AUGGAGAGUAGAGGAGGAUGUUGUUUAGUUAAUAGAUAUGAAGCCUUCGGGGUUUACGAUAUGUCGAAAGUGGACCGGAUAAUGCUCCGGUUUAGACCGAUCGCACCCAAGCCGGCCAACGGCGGUGGUGGUGGGUCGGUUUCCCCAUUGGAAAGCAGCGGCGAGGGUAAUUGUAAACUGGGGAGAGGACUCCAUUUCCAUGGAGAAGACGACGAAACGACGACUUUGUGGUUAAGCAUCGUUGAAGCUGAUAAAAAAUUGAGUUUCAGUUUCCUCGGCGGCGAUAGCGGUGAUGAUUCAGUACAUCGGGCUGUGAGGUCGUCGUGCGUGACGUUGGAAUGCGUGACGGACACUUGGGUUAGCGGUGACGGGUUGGGGUGUACCGACGAGGAACGGAAGGUUAAUCUAGGGAAGGACACGUGUCCGGGGUUUAUAUCGGAUUUGUUCGGGAGAGUGAUAUGGACCAACGGAGCAUAUAAGGAAAUGGUGGGCGGCGAACGAUGGAAGGAUAUAAAUUCGUUGACGGUGCCAUGCGACGUUUGGAGGAUGAACGGUGGCGGAUUUGCGUGGAGGCUCGACAUCAACGCUGCUCUUUGCUUGGGCCGGUAA